UAUAUAUCUGAUUGAUACUUCAUUACUUCUAUACAACCCACCCACGAAAAUAAUCUCCUGAGAAAAGUGAUUUUUUCUUCGCCCACAAUGACGACUACGACGACGAGAAAGAUCUGCAGGUCCAAACUGUCGGUGAGAAAAGAUACAUUCUUCAAGGCACGAGCCAAGACUGUUCUCAAGAAAGCGUACGAACUCUCGGAGCUGUGCGGCGUCGAUUUGUGCGUCAUCUGCUACGACCGCGAAGGGAACCUCGUGAAUACGUGGCCAGAGAACGACGAAGCCCGGGUCAAGGCCACGGCCGAGCGGUUCAGCAGGUUAAGCGAGAAAGAAAGAAACAAGAAAAGCACCAACCUGUCGCGGUUUCUAAACAAGAAGAUGAUGGACGAGAAGAAGGCAUCUCUCAAAGCCAACGACAAUAAAUUCUCCAAGAAAGUGUUCAUCUUUGAGGAUUCCUUGCGGAGUCGCUUAGGGUUAUUCCAAGAAAAGAUCACCGAGUUGGUUGAUGAUCUAGGUUCUGAUGAUCCCUCGCUAAUCAAUGCGGAUCAAUGUCAACCAAUCUUGAUGAAUCAUCUGAGUACCACCGAGAGCCCGGCUGAUCUACCCACCUCGUCGUUGAAUCAUCCGAGCAACUUCUCAAUCUUGUUGUAUAACCAUGACAAUGGCACUUUCACCCAGUUGGCUAACUCCUCUGCUCUUCCUCCUAGCUUUGAGCAACCGGUGAUUCCGUGUAAUCAAGAUUAUGGUACUAAUUACUUGGAUCUGUUACUUGGGGAACAAGACAACAAAUUUGAUCUUCCCAUUGCUCCUCAUCCUAUGAUGCACACUCAAACCUCAAUGUUUCAUCAGCAGUUUGAUCAUCAGUUUAUGCAGACACAAGAGGGGAUGAUUCCAUACAAUCACACGCAAUCUUCUUCUGGCUAUCCAACAAUGAUGUUCUCUUAGGUCUCUCUCUCUUGCUUCAAGACCAGGAUAGUUGUUGACUAUUGCCAAACACUUUUAUUAUCUUUCUGUCUCGCUAUUUUGUCAAUUGAGUCUCUCAUAU